GUGACAAGUGACCCUCAGCUGUAGUCAAAGAUGAAUCCUGAGUAUGAUUAUUUAUUCAAGCUGCUGCUGAUUGGAGAUUCUGGUGUUGGCAAGUCAUGUCUCCUCCUCCGCUUUGCAGAUGACACAUACACAGAGAGCUAUAUUAGCACCAUCGGUGUGGACUUCAAGAUUAGGACCAUCGAGCUGGACGGGAAGACCAUCAAACUUCAGAUUUGGGACACAGCUGGUCAGGAGCGUUUCCGCACCAUCACGUCUAGCUACUACAGAGGAGCUCACGGCAUCAUUGUAGUUUACGACGUCACUGAUGAGGAGUCGUUCAACAACGUCAAACAGUGGCUGCAGGAGAUUGACCGCUAUGCCAGUGAGAACGUCAACAAGCUGCUUGUAGGCAACAAGUCUGACCUGACCACAAAGAAGGUGGUGCACUACACCACAGCAAAGGAGUUUGCAGACAACUUGGGUAUCCCCUUCCUGGAGACCAGUGCCAAGAGCGCCACCAACGUGGAGCAGGCAUUCAUGACCAUGGCGGCUGAGAUCAAGAAGAGGAUGGGCCCGGGUGCCACAGCAGGUGCCACCGAGAAGUCCAAUGUGAAGAUCCAGAGCAAGCCCGUCAACACCUCCUCAGGGGGCUGCUGCUGAGGCCUUUCGCCGACCCGGAACCAGCGAGCCCACGACCCGUCUCAAUGUUAGCGAGCGCCACAGGACAGACGCAGCCGGGAGGAGGAGGAGAGGAAGGGUUUGUGAUCGUGUGUGCAGCUACAACAGCAGAUUCCCACCGUUCCAAAGUCAGCAAUAGGAUGGUUCCCUCCAAAGUCUCGGAACCCAUCAGGCGUUCUUUGUUCCCUUGACCACCAUGUGUCCACUUUUUAAAUUACCACAUUCUUCUUCUUCUUCUUCUUCUUCUUCACUCAAUGCAGCACACGCUUGCAAAGCGGCAUCAAGCGCCACGCCCACUUCCUGUCUCAUGUCCACGGCGGCGGCGUCCACACUAUGUGCCCGUGCCUUUGCGGUGUCGGAGCCUCCUCGCUCUGAUGCCUUUGGCGCUCUCGUGCGGGCGGCGCCGAGGUGGAGGCUCGCUGUGUACGCUGGCUAGCUAACAUUCCCGAGUGUAAAUAAGUGCUAGCAUGAUGCUAACGAGCGCGUGCUGCAUUGUGCUCAUCUUUAAAGUGUAUAUAUUUCUACAUAACCUCAUUUGUGGCUGCCGACAUGACAUUUUUGUGGCACGAUGUCCAUUAAAUCAUGAAGGAGAUCUUUCAUAACAACGU